AAUUAGAUACAUCUAAGGUGUGAAGCCACUAUGUGUGAAUCAUGUACUCCGAUGAAGACUGGAUAAAGCGUCUCGGAUCGAGCUUUGACGUUUCUAUUCUAGGUUAUGGCCAUCUGAUAUCCUGAAGUAAUUACCACUGACUUAAAAUUAAAAAGAACUGGAUUAAGUUUAGUCUUCUUUCUUGAAAAUCUGAAAUUCUAAUAUGCUAACGUUAAAAAGCGAGCAUAAAAAACAUAUUCACUUUCUCGUAGAACAGUCAACAAAUGUUUUACAGGACUUCUGCAAAUUAGGAUUGGACUAUUUGCAUAGUGGACCAAACUUCAAGUUGUAUAAUGUAGCUGCUCAAAAAUUAGACAUCCAACCUGAGGAUGUCAGGUGCACUGUAGAAGGACUCAUCAAUUUGCUACUAGAAAGCUGCAAAUGCAAGUUGAGCACUUCUGAUUUUCGAGAUUCAAUAAUUGCUCUGGGCUUCUCUGAAGAUCAUGAAAUGUUACUCACCAAAUUAUAUACUACAAAACAGUCUGAAAUAUCAGAAAUAUUACCGACACUUGGAGUCAAGUUACAAGAAUACCAGAGUAUGGAAUGGAGAUUCGAAACACAGAUUUCAUCCAGAUCGUUGUUGAGUCAAGUGACACCUUUGGUAGUCCUAGAUUUCAGUCUUCGAAAUAAUGUUCAACAAAAAAUUGAACAUGUUAUUGUUCAAACUGACGCAAAUAAUUUAUUGCACAUCACUGAGGAAUUGGAACAGGCUUUGCAGGAUGGCCGAAGUCAACACCUGCGUAAAAUUGCGAGGAGUAUAAGAUAGAUGAAGUUUGAAUUAUUUUUACCAAAUAAAAUAUAUAUGUACAUAUAACAUAACAUAAGUAUGUAAAAAUUAUCAUUUCUGAAAAUAAAAUUAGAUACUUGAAGUGAAAAA